UAACAGUUCAGUAAAAUGUUAGGUCUAGUUCACUGUUAUCAAACAAUCAGCUGUUUUCAUUUGCUGCUAAGUUCGCGGAUCAGGCGGAUCGCGUAGAAAUCGAACGAAAAUCAAAAUAAAUACAAUUGUUGGAUUAAUAAUAAAUGUAAAAAAAGAGAAAAUACGCUUGGCGAGAACGAUACGAAACGGAAAUUUCACGAGCGAGUACAAGUGCGUUGUUCUGCGAGUGCAAAGAAUAAAGUGAAAGCCAAGCCAAAGGCCAGCAAUAAAAACGGCCGCAAGAAAGAGAAUAAGUGAAAACACAAAAGUUCAUGCAAUACCCAAGUGUUGUUGAGGAGGAAUCAACACAAAGCAAAAGAGCGCCCAUAUUCUAAUUGUCUUGUUUUCGUCUGCAGCAGUGACAAAUGAUGGCCUAAAAUGGCGGCUACACCACCAACGCCGCCCGGAGCCAACAAUUUCCAACUAAAUGGCAAUUCUCCACAGCAACAGCAAAGAACAGCGAAUAAUCCAAGCCACAACAACACGCCCUCCAUAAGCGAGGCACUGCAUCAACAUUUUCAAUUCAAGGCACUGCUCAACGCCGACGAGGAUCAGCAACAACAGUUGCCCCCCAAACGGAUCAGCAACAACAACAACAUUAGUAGAAGCAGCAGUUAUGAACAGCUGGAGGAGGCAGCAAGGCCAAAAGCAAAGCUAAGCUGCCAGUGCACAAACAUUAGUAUUAUGCACCUGUUCCAUGAGAUGAAGCAGGAGUUUCCAACGCUACCCGAUGCCCUGGUGACGCAAUGCGUCAAUGAGAAUUGCCAUCAGCGUGAUAAUUGCAUACAAAUGUUGAAAAAGGAGCUCUCACUGCAUCCCAUACCCGUGCAGUCGUAUCCCGCAAAGGUGUUGCAACAGCAGCAGCAGCAACAACAACAGCAGCUGCAGCAACGACAGACAAAGCCACCGACGCCUUUAAAACCAUCACGUGCUGCGCCGACACAACCACCCAUUGGCCAUGCCAACGGUAAUGGCAACGGCAACGAUAGCGACAGUGUCGAGGCGCCACCAAUUGUACCCCCAGCACGUCCGCGUCCCACCACAUUGAAUCUGCAACGUCAGCUGAAUGCGCAACUGCAGCAGAAGAUACAACAGCGUCAGCAGCAGCAGCAGCAGCAACAACAGCCACCACAGCUGACGCCAGGUGCACAGUAUAAGCCAUUGAGGCGAGCGCCGCCGCUGCCACCGAAGCGACAGACAGCGAUAGCGAGCAGCGGCGAUGGGGCUGCGCUCUCACUCGCACAGCAGCAACAACAGCAGCAGCUGAGCAGCUUCUCCAAUGAUUCCUCCUGUCUCACCAGCCCUCUCAGCUCUAGCGAGUCUGAACUGUCGCUCAGUGUCUCCUUAUCAUCGCCAACGACGUCAGCAGCAAUAACAGCAACAGCAACAGCAGCAGCACCAGCCCCAACAGCAACAGCAGCGACGCCAGCACCGACGACAACAACUGCGCAAUUGCGUUCUCCAGUUCGACAUCGCUCAGUUAUAACGCUACAGCCGGAACCGCCGUAUGCACGCGAAUUUUCAAACAACGCCGUCGCAAUAUCGCCAACGCCGCCAUCGCCCACAUCUGGAGCGAGCACCCCGAGCGGAAGGAAGAGCUUCACGUCGCUGAAUCUCACAUUGCGACAACCGCAACAGUCGAACGGCGGCGCUGCGCCCGCGACCAUUGACAUUACGGCCGGCCCGGCGGCCAGUGGCAACGGCAGCAGCGGCAUCACAUAUUCGAGCAGUAGCUUUGACGCGCGUCGUGGCACCCAUAAGAAUUUCCAAUUAAUCGUCACCGACGAGGGCAGCGUCUUUAGUGCCGGUUGUGUGCGUCCUCAGGUACCGCUCUACGCGCCCUGCCCUCCCCCACCUGUCCUCGCCACCGAUGGAGCAACGCCACCGCCAUCCGCAUUUGUUUCGUCACAAUCGCAGCAACCGCAGCCAACGGCUGCAGUCGAAGAGAUGGCUCAAGUAUUUCCAUAUCCAACACAGGCGCAGAAUCACAUUGUUGCCUCCAACUACAACAACAACCAUUUGCACAACAGCAGCGCUGACAACAGCCCCAGCGUCACACACAUGCCCCUCUAUGAGGGCGUCGUGCCCGAAUGCGAUCGAGAAGCCCAUGCAGCCACCAUCGAGCGACAGAAGACACGGCGCGAUAAGCUAGCCAAUGUGCUGCGUGAUAACAAGAAGCGCCUGCUUAGCCUUGAGCAGGAAAUUAACAUACUGACCGAACCGAUACCAGUGGGCGAAUCGGAAAGACUGGAUAGAGAUAUAAGGAAGCUUACUGACGACUGUCAGCGGCUGCUCAAUAUGAUAAAUGAUCCCCAACUCAAUGGCACUGCUGCCGCGUCGAAUCCCAUGAAUCGUCAGCUCUCAGCGCCAGCGAGUAAUAACAGUCAGACACCCCAGCAGCCCCACCCACGCCAGCGUGGUGUUCCUGGCAGGGUGCCUCCAAAUUCGCUGCGGCUUCAUUCGGUACCGGCACCUCCAACACAGUCGCAAUUAGACUAUGUGCAGCAGCAUAGCAGUGCGCCCAGUUCGGCCUGCCUGACGCCGCAGCAGCAAUACCAACAGCAGCAGAUGCAUCUGCAGAUGCAGGAGCCGCCACCCACCUAUGCGCAAUACUAUCAGUUUCAGCAAUUUCUGCAACAUCAACGUGCUGAGGCGGCGGCGAGAGCAGCGGCAGCUGCACCGCAUUCUAUCCCACCUCCACGAGCCCACACUAAUGAUGAGGAGGAGGAAUCCCUGUCCGGAUCAGAUGAGGACGAGGGUGAGGAGCCACUGGACACGUGGGCCUGCAACUUGUGUACAUUCCGCAACCAUCCGCAACUGAACGUUUGCGAAGCCUGUGAAAAUGUUAGGAUCCAGCCGGGUAUGAUACGCAUACUGCCAAGCGGCAAUGAUAAUGCAAAUUCCUCGCCCACAACAGCUGCUGCAGCUGGAUCCGAUGGUAAUCGGCAGCAGCCAUAUGCUUUACACACGUGAUCGAUUGUUCGAUUGAUUGAUAGAUCGAUCGCCAGCUUGCCUGGCUUGAUAAGUGAUAACCAUCAUACACUUGUGUGCUAAUUGCCAAGGAUCCGAGCUCCAUAGGUUCUAUGUAGAUGCGUACAUAGAUAUAACCAACCCAGAGUUCUCUAACAUGCAUGGUUUGCUCGUUUUGUGUGCAUGUUGGCUUUGAACUUUGAAACUGUGAUAGAAUUUAAUCUAGUUUCCAGUUAAGCAUAAGUGAAAAAGUCAAGUCAUAAAAAAGGACAUCUAAUGUGUGUGUGUUUGUAACCGAACUCGCUGCUCAUUUGAAAGACACAACAACAUUAAAAAGAGAGAAACCCAACUAAAUUACAUAUAUUAACAUUCAAAUUUAUAUAUAUGUUUGUAGAAUGCGCAUACAUUAUUAACAAUAUUUACACAUAGAUUUGUUUAAAUAAUAUUUAUGUAAAUUACAAA